CGCACCUCGAGAUCUCAUCUGUUAACUCUGUUCACGAUCGAUGGCGAGAGCUCUCCUCGAGUCUGCCGGCGGCGCGGCAACGAGCUUCCUCCCGCCGUGGCUCGCGGCUCUCGGCAUGGUUGUGGCAUCCGUCUGGAUCGUCUCGUUCGCCGUGUUCCUCUGCGGCCGCAGCUCGCACGCCGACGACGACCUCCCCAAGAAGAAGCCCGCCGCAGCGAAGACAAGCAGGCCGGCCAGCGUCGCUCCCACGAAGGCGAGGUCGUCGGCGCGGUCCGGGAGCACGGUGGUUGACCCGACGGGGAUGUACGGAGCCGCGUACGUCUCUGGUGUCUCUGCCGGUGGGUGCCAUGGCCACGGCGGUGGUGGAGGCUGUGUAUUGUUUUCGUCAGUUGAGUACACCCCGUCAUGUUCACCAUCGUUCUCCCGGACCUGGCCGACGAGCAAAGUUUUCAUGCUAACUUCUCAGUAG